AUGGCUUCAGCGGUCUUGUCGGAGAACACACCGUCGAGCCGCGAGUCGACUCGACCAACGGCCGACUCGUUGUCCCGGCGUCAGCAGCUCGACGUUGCCGUGAUCGGCGCAGGCGCCGCGGGACUGGCAGCUGCGCGCGAGCUGAUGCGAGAGGGGCACGCCGUGACUGUGAUUGAAGCGGGGGGUGAGAUAGGCGGCGUGAGUAUUGGUGCGGAUAGAGGGAGUUUAGGAGGUUCGGCAGGAGCAGCAGCAGGGAUUGGGGUUGGGGAGAGGGUGGAAGGGAGGGAGGAAGGGAGAAAGGAGGAGAGGGAGGUGAGGGGGGAGGAAGGGGAGGAGGAGAGGGAGUUUGACGCAUUGGUGGUGUGUAACGGUCACUAUUCACAGCCCAAGAUUGCAAGCAUAGCGGGUGUGGACACGUGGCCAGGCAUUCAGAUGCACAGCCAUAACUACCGCCACCCAGAGGGGUUUGCAGGAAAGGUGAGGCGCGAGGGGUUUGCAGGCAAGGUGAGGCGAGGGGGGUUUGCAGGCAAGGUGAGGCGAGGGGGGUUUGCAGGCAAGGUGAGGCGAGGGGGGUUUGCAGGCAAGGUGAGGCGAGGGGGGUUUGCAGGCAAGGUGGUGGUGAUGGUGGGCGCGGAGGUGAGUGGGCUGGACAUAGCAAGGGAGCUGGCCGCAGUGGCACGAGAGGUGCACAUCUGCGCGCGGGAAGGUGGGGGCCGGAAGAUGUUGGUGGAACACUGGCGCUUGCACAUCUCAAACUUCUCUUCUCCCCAUCCCACCCCAUGGCAGGUGGUGGUGGUGGUGGGCGCAGAGGCGAGUGGGCAGGACAUAGCGAGGGAGGUGGCGGCAGUGGCACGAGAGGUGCACAUCUGCGCGCGAGGCUGGCGCUCUUCUCCUGCCGCUGCUGCUGCUGUUGCUGGUGCUGGUGCUGGUGCUGGUGCUGGUGCUGGUGCUGGUGCUGGUGCUGGUGCAGCCACCGGGGCAAUAGAGACAGGGUAUUUUGAGGAUCUGAAAGGCAGAGUGCAGCAGCACCCCAUGAUCAAGCAAGCCAACGCAGAUGGGACGGUGGAGUUUGAAGAUGGGUUCACAUGCCAUGCUGACGUCAUCAUGCACUGCACCGGCUACAGCUACUCCUUCCCGUUCCUCGCCCUCCCCCCCUCCCUCCUCUCCGUCGAUACCGGUCGUGUGACUCCCUUGUUCCGCCACGUCCUGCCUCCUGCACUCGCUCCCUCGCUCUCCUUCAUCGGCCUCCCCUGGAAGGUCGUCCCCUUUCCUCUAUGUCAGCUGCAGGCGCGGUGGGUGGCGCAGCUGCUAUCCGGCCAGCUGCCCGUGCCGCCCAGAUCCGAUAUGGAGGACGGCGUGCGUCGUCUGUAUGCGCACAUGGAGGAGCAGGGCGUACCUGAGAGAUACGCCCACAGGCUGGAUAUGGAACAGUUCCCCUACAUGGACAGCCUCAGCACGGACUGCGGAUGCUUACCCCUGCCGGCAUGGCGGCGGGAGAUGUACGAAGCAGUGCGGCGGCUGAAAAAAGCAUUCCCGGGGUCGUACCGAGAUGAGUGGGUGGAGUGGGACCUGGUGGCUGCUGCACAAGAGGAGUUUGCGAGCUUGUUACAGGAGUUAGAAAGCACUACAGGUGAUGGGGGCGAUGUGUGA